CGUUUGUUAGCGCAAUACGUCAACAGUCCAGCAGACCUCGCCCGACCCCUUGGCACGAUGGAACAUUCUAUCAACGUUGACGAUAUAAUAUCGAGACUUCUAGAGGUUCGUGGUUGUCGGCCAGGGAAAACGGUCAACCUCACGGAGCAAGAAGUUCGAGGUCUCUGUCUGAAGUCAAGAGAGCUAUUUUUGAGCCAACCGAUUCUACUCGAAUUGGAGGCUCCUCUCAAGAUAUGCGGUGACAUUCACGGACAAUAUACGGACUUGCUAAGACUCUUUGAGUACGGAGGCUUUCCUCCUGAGGCUAAUUACCUAUUCCUUGGCGACUACGUUGACAGAGGGAAGCAGAGCCUGGAAACCAUCUGCCUUCUACUAGCUUACAAAAUCAAAUAUCCUGAAAAUUUCUUCCUGCUUCGGGGUAAUCACGAAUGCGCGAGUAUCAAUCGAAUAUACGGUUUUUACGAUGAAUGCAAACGGAGAUACAAUAUCAAGCUGUGGAAGACGUUUACUGACUGUUUCAACUGUUUGCCCAUUGCUGCUAUAAUCGAUGAGAAGAUAUUUUGCUGUCAUGGUGGUUUGUCACCAGAUCUUCACUCAAUGGAACAGAUUCGACGGAUAAUGAGACCAACUGAUGUCCCAGAUACAGGAUUGUUGUGUGAUCUAUUGUGGUCUGAUCCUGAUAAAGACACACAAGGUUGGGGAGAGAAUGAUCGAGGAGUUUCUUUUACAUUUGGUGCAGACAUUGUCAGCAAAUUCCUCAAUCGACAUGACUUGGACCUUAUCUGUAGAGCUCACCAGGUUGUUGAAGAUGGUUAUGAAUUCUUUGCCAAACGGCAAUUGGUGACUCUUUUCUCAGCUCCUAAUUAUUGCGGAGAAUUUGACAAUGCUGGUGGAAUGAUGAGUGUAGACGAAACUUUAAUGUGUUCAUUCCAGAUACUGAAACCGUCCGAGAAGAAAACAAAAUAUCAAUAUGGAGGUUUGAAUUCUGGUCGACCUGUGACGCCACCUCGUGGACAGCAACAGCAAGCAAAAAACAAGAAGCAGAAAAUGCAGCAAUCUUUGCCAUAGCAAGUUCUCUACUUGGGUUGAUUAGCAAUAGAAAAUAACGUAGGAGUUGUAUGGUGUUUUCGUACCCACAUCAUGUAAUGCGAUUGGCAAGUGGCAAUUGGCACUGUAGCACACAGAACGGUUACUGUUUGGUAGAUCACGCACAGAAUUGUUGUCACGUGGAUCUAUUGUAGAGCCUGUGCAUGGAGCAUCAAUACACUGAAGGAGAAUUAAAGUAAA